AUCACUUGUAAAGUCUUGGUCUUCUUAUCUUACUUUAAAAUAGUAGUCUAUAUCUUCUUAGUCUCUACAAUUCAAGAAAGAUCAGAAAAUGCGUUUUACUAUAUGAUAUAAAUUUAUCUAUUGUAUGUAGAUGGCUUAUACUGAAGUCACAUCUUUAAUGCAAACAUUACAAAGUCUCAUCCAACUUCAUCCAUGUCCAAUAAAACCAAAAGGAAGAAAGAAAAUUGAAUGUUUACUACAAAAGGUUAGUUUAUUACAAGGCUUUUUUGAUGGCAAUGGAAAAGAUAAUGUGGCUAUUAAGUAUUUAGAAGGUAUUAUUAGAGAUGUUUCAUGUAAAGCAGAAGAUUUAGUUGAAGAAAUUAUGUUUGAGUAUUCAUCUAGUUCAAGUUUAAAGAAGGUUGGAUUUAAGUUUCUUGGUAAUAAUAGAAAGAUUAACCUUAUUGAAGCUGCAAUUAGUAGAGUUUAUGAUGAUAUUUCUGCUACUAAAGUAGGUUCAACACCAGGUUCAUCUUGUUAUAGGGGUUCACAUGAUGAUAUCGAACAACCUUUGAGUUCGAAAAAGGAUGUUGUAGUUGGUUUAGAUGAUGAUUUUUUAAGUAUUGCAGAUAAACUAACAGGAUAUCCUAGUAAGUUAGAUGUUGUGGUGAUUAUCGGUAUGGGGGGUAUUGGUAAAACUACUCUUGCUAAGAGAAUUUAUCAUGAUAAGUUGAUAGAGUAUCACUUUUAUGUUCGUGGAUGGAUAACUAUAUCGCAGAGAUAUAAGUUGAGGAAUUUGUUGUUGGAUCUUCUGGAUUGUACCUCUCAGGUUCCGGCUUUUAGACUUGACGAAAUGGAGAAUGAAGAGUUGGCUGAACAGUUGUAUAAAAGCUUGAAAGGAAGGAGGUAUUUGAUCGUCAUGGAUGAUGUUUGGAAUGCUGAGGCGUGGAAUGAUGUUAGAAGAUGUUUUCCAAAUGACAACAAUGGAAGUAGAGUAAUGGUGACUAGUCGAAUCUUGAAAGUUGCGCGGUUUAUCAGCCCCCUUAACGCUCCUCAUGUAAUGCGUUUCUUGACUGUCGAUGAAAGUUGGAAGCUGUUGCAAGAGAAGCUUUGUGGAUUAGAUUCACGCUUGUGCUGUGAUGACGAAAUGGGAUGGAUUGGAAAGCAAAUCGCAGAAAAAUGCAAGGGAUUACCAUUAGCGAUUGUUAUGGUAGCAGGAAUUCUUUCUAAAGUAAGCGCGACAGCAAGUAGAUGGAGAUAUGUUGCGAAAAGUAUUCACUCUUCGUUUGUAAAACAGGAGUACUCGCGGCAAUGCUUGGAUAUACUAGCAUUGAGUUACAAGCAUUUGCCUCAUCAUUUGAAAGCUUGUUUUCUUUACAUGGGCGCUUUCCCUGAAGAUGUUGAGAUCCCGGUGUGGAGGCUCAUCAGGUUAUGGACUGCUGAAGGUUUUAUUAAGUUGGAAUCGCCGAAGACUUUGGAAUGGAUAGCACGAGAAUAUUUGCAGGAUCUCAUCGACAGAAGCCUAAUUUUAGUCGGCAAGAGAUCCUUUGGUAGAAUCAAAACAUGUAGCAUUCAUGAUGUGUUGCGAAACUUUUGCCUAGAAGAAGCUCAACGCGAAAAACUUUUGCAUGUUGUGAGAAGGUUCGAACCACAUCUUCCUCCAGGCGUUCACAGGCGCCUACAUUUCCAUUCGGACAUUUUUGCCUACUCCUCCUACACGUAUUCUAAUCCAUACCUUAGAUCUUUCUUGUCGUCAAAAGCAUGCUCGGUUUUAGAGGAUUCCUACUUCGUUUGUAUGGGCUUCAAAUUGCUUCGCGUGUUGGAUGUAGUUAACUAUUCCUUUUAUAGUUUCCCCAUUCAGGUCGUAAAACUAGUUAACUUGAGGUACCUUGCACUCACCGUCAAUUCUGAGCUUCCUAGAUCGAUAUCCAAGCUCAAGAAUCUACAAACUUUAAUCAUCUAUUGGGCGACCAAGGAGACGCGCACUCUUCCAUUGGAAAUUCUGAAGAUGCCUAUACUAAGGCACAUCCAUGUGAAAGGAGAUGUUUUGUUAUUUGAACUCCUCAUCGGCGAUCAAUCUAAAAAGAGCUUUCAAGUCUCGAAGAAUCUUCAAACACUUUGCACUAUAACUAUUAGCACAAUCACCUUAUCCCAUGGACUCGUUGCUGCAUUACCUAACCUAAAGACAUUGGCAUCCAAUCUAGUAACCUGUCGAAACCAUGAUCCAUUCGAUGCGGAUUGGCUUGGCAGUUGUCUCAACAACCUAGUGCAGAUGCACUCACUUGAAACUCUGAAGUUGCUGUUCAACUUGUCAAUGAAAAAUCCUCGUCCGCGUAACUCUAUCCAACUCUGGAAUGCAUUCCCUCCGAAUCUCAAGAAGUUGACUUUGAGCCGCAGCCUUCUGCUAUGGGAAGAUGCUAAAGUUCUCGCGAAGCUACCAAAUCUUGAAGUUCUCAAACUGAGAGAUUUUUCGUUUCAAGGUCCAGAAUGGGAAACCGACGAAGAGGGGUUUCAUCAACUCAAAUAUCUGUUGGUUGAGAGCAGAGAUUUGGUUCUCUGGAAGCAAGCCAGUACAGGUGGUUAUCCAUUUCCAGCACUUCAACAUUUAGUCUUGAGGUUUUGCUACAAGCUAAAAGAAAUCCCUUGUGAAAUCGGAGAUAUCCCAACGUUGCAAGUCAUCGAGUUGCAUUCUUGUAGCCCUUACGCCUCGAAGCUUGCUAGAAUGAUUCAAGAAGAGCAAAUUGAACUGGGCAACAGUUGCCUUGAAGUUUUCAUUCAUCCAGCUAGAUAGGUAUGAGCGACUUUAGUCGUAUGGUGCAACCGCAGUAUUUACACAGAUUCAGCGUAUGGCAUGCAGGAUCAAAGGGAUCAUACUAAGGCGUGGAAAAGACUAAAUAUCUUCUAUGUGAGGUUCAUCGACUGUCUUUGAGAAAAUGAAUAUGCUCGAGCAGCAACAACACGCCCAGUGUAGUCCCACAAGUGUGAUCGAUCUGUGGAGGGUGGUGUAUCUGCAGCCUUAUCCCUAUCUCGUGCAGGUAGAGUGACUGUUUCAGAAGGACCCUCGACUCAAGGAAUAUGGUCUAGUGGCUCACUGAAAUAAUUUUCUUAUGACUCAAACACUGGUGGUCAGUCUUAGCAUCUCAAUUACCAGGAAGAACUGAUGAUGAUAUCAAGAAUUACUGGAACACGAAGCUCAAAAAAAGAAAAAAAAAAACACAUGGGAUUACUAAUACCUUA